GCCCUCUCUCCUCUUCCUAUAAUAUGAACCCACCACUACCACCACCACUUGUUCUCCAUUCAUGCUUCUCAUGAUUUAUUCUGCAACUUUUUCAACUCUCUAAUUUUUAAAUAAUCAUCAAAUCCAUCUGGCAAACAUUAUUUCUUGCUUCAUGAACUAAGCUGCGAUCAUUUUCUCUCUCUGGGUCUUCAGAAUUCGAGCUAACUUAGCUAAAGGCGUGAUCUUUCUUCUCCGGGUCGUCAGAAUCUGAGCUAAAGUUGCCAUCUUUAUUCUCUGGGUCGUCGUCAUUUGAGCCAACUUAGUCAAAGUUGCGAUCUUUCUUCUCUGGGUUGUCGGAAAUCAUGGGGAACUGUUUUGCAAAGAACAAUGGAUUGGUGAAGGCUCAGCAAAACGGGCAGACCAGAUCAGUUGAAGUGGAUCAGACCCACCAAGAUCCACCGUCGUAUACUCCACAGCCUAGAAGCCAGACGCCGGAGAAACCCCCUUCCGGGACGAAUCAACCGCCGCCGUGGAGAAUGGCGGCACCAGCACCAAGCCCCAAAGCGGCAAGGAGCAGUUCUAUCCUAGAGAACGCUUACGAGGACGUGAAGCUGUUCUACACAUUGGGGAAAGAGCUAGGACGAGGGCAGUUCGGGGUGACGUAUCUCUGCACGGAGAACUCGACGGGGAAGAAGUACGCUUGCAAGUCCAUCUCGAAGAAGAAGCUGGUGACGAAAGCUGAUAAGGAUGAUAUGAGGAGAGAGAUUCAGAUCAUGCAGCAUUUGAGUGGGCAGCCUAACAUUGUGGAGUUUAAAGGAGCGUAUGAGGAUGAGAAGGCUGUGAAUCUGGUCAUGGAGCUUUGCGCUGGUGGCGAGUUGUUUGAUAGGAUCAUUGCUAAAGGGCAUUACAGUGAGAGAGCAGCUGCUUCUGUGUGUAGACAGAUUGUGAGUGUUGUCAAGAUUUGUCAUUUCAUGGGUGUGUUGCAUAGAGACUUGAAGCCUGAGAAUUUCUUGCUUUCUAGCAAAGAUGACAAGGCUUUGAUCAAGGCUACUGAUUUUGGCUUGUCUGUCUUCAUUGAAGAGGGAAAAGUAUAUAGAGACAUUGUUGGGAGUGCAUACUAUGUUGCUCCUGAAGUCUUGCGACGUAGAUACGGGAAAGAAGUUGAUAUAUGGAGUGCUGGAAUCAUAUUAUACAUUCUACUUAGUGGUGUGCCCCCGUUUUGGGCUGAGACCGAGAAAGGGAUAUUUGAUGCUAUAUUGGAAGGCCAUAUCGACUUUGAAAGCCAGCCUUGGCCAUCAAUCUCCAACAGUGCUAAAGAUCUUGUGCGUAAAAUGCUGACUGCUGAUCCAAAAAGGAGGAUCUCUGCUGCUGAUGUUCUUGAGCAUCCAUGGCUUAGAGAAGGAGAAGCAUCGGACAAGCCGAUCGACAGUGCUGUUCUCUCAAGGAUGAAACAGUUUAGAGCAAUGAAUAAGCUAAAGCAACUUGCCUUAAAGGUCAUUGCCGAGAAUAUUAACACGGAAGAGAUCCAAGGAUUGAAGGCAAUGUUUGCUAACAUAGACACAGACAACAGUGGCACAAUCACAUAUGAAGAACUGAAAGAAGGAUUGGCCAAGUUGGGAUCUAAACUCACAGAAGCUGAAGUGAAGCAGCUCAUGGAUGCUGCUGAUGUUGAUGGGAACGGGUCAAUGGACUACAUAGAGUUCAUUACUGCAACUAUGCAUAGACACAGGCUUGAAAGUGAUGAGAAUCUUUACAAGGCCUUCCAGCAUUUUGACAAAGACGGCAGCGGAUACAUUACAAUAGACGAGCUGGAAGUGGCGUUGAAGGAGUAUGGAAUGGGAGAUGAUGCAACAAUCAAAGAGGUUCUCUCAGAUGUUGACUCUGAUAACGAUGGUAGAAUCAACUAUGAAGAAUUCUGUGCGAUGAUGAGAAGUGGAAAUCCACAACAACAACAGCAACAACCGCGGCUGUUCUAAGGGGACAUUGCUCCAGGAUUCAAAGUAUGAAGAGGAGGAGAAAUGGUAUGUAUCUAAUCCAGAAAGUCAUGAGCUGUAUUUAUCAAUGUUUAUUCAGACAAAAGCUACAUAAAACCAGAAAGAUACUCAGAACUCUUUGAUUGCUUGUGUUUUGUGACUUUUCUUCUGUUUUGUCUAUUCUUUGUGUGUUCUGUUGUACCAAGGCUGUUGUGCUAUGAGAGAAAAGUUUUCUAA